AUGUUUACUGGAGAGUUGGCUGAAAGUCGUCAGACUGAGGUAGUAAUCCGGGACAUUGAUGAGCGAGCCAUGGAAUUGCUUAUUGACUUCUCAUACACAUCCCAAAUCACAGUGGAAGAGGGCAAUGUACAGACCCUUCUACCAGCUGCAUGCCUUCUUCAACUUGCAGAAAUCCAGGAAGCCUGCUGUGAAUUCCUGAAACGACAGCUUGAUCCCUCCAACUGUUUAGGUAUCCGAGCCUUUGCUGACACUCACUCCUGCAGAGAGUUGCUGAGAAUUGCAGACAAAUUUACCCAGCACAACUUCCAGGAGGUGAUGGAAAGCGAGGAGUUCAUGCUUCUCCCAGCCAACCAGCUGAUUGAUAUCAUUUCCAGUGAUGAGCUGAAUGUGCGCAGUGAAGAACAAGUAUUUAAUGCAGUCAUGGCAUGGGUAAAAUACAGCAUCCAAGAACGGAGGCCGCAGUUGCCACAGGUUCUUCAACAUGUCAGAUUGCCUCUGCUUAGUCCCAAAUUUCUGGUAGGAACAGUGGGAUCUGAUCCACUCAUUAAAAGUGAUGAAGAAUGCAGGGACUUGGUAGAUGAAGCCAAGAACUAUCUUCUUCUGCCUCAGGAACGUCCUCUGAUGCAAGGGCCCAGAACAAGGCCUCGGAAACCCAUUCGUUGUGGAGAAGUGCUGUUUGCAGUGGGAGGUUGGUGCAGUGGAGAUGCCAUUUCUAGCGUUGAACGCUAUGAUCCUCAGACCAAUGAAUGGAGAAUGGUGGCUUCCAUGAGUAAACGGCGAUGUGGUGUCGGUGUCAGUGUUCUGGAUGACCUUCUUUAUGCAGUAGGUGGUCAUGAUGGAUCUUCAUACCUCAACAGUGUUGAAAGAUAUGACCCAAAGACAAACCAGUGGAGCAGUGAUGUGGCUCCUACCAGCACUUGCAGGACGAGCGUUGGUGUUGCGGUUCUAGGGGGGUAUCUUUAUGCUGUGGGUGGCCAAGAUGGUGUCUCUUGCCUCAACAUUGUUGAAAGGUACGACCCAAAGGAAAACAAAUGGACACGUGUAGCCUCUAUGAGUACAAGGAGACUAGGUGUGGCUGUUGCAGUUCUAGGUGGUUUUCUUUAUGCUGUUGGGGGAUCAGAUGGUACGUCUCCUCUUAAUACAGUGGAGCGCUACAAUCCUCAGGAAAACCGCUGGCACACAAUAGCACCAAUGGGCACUCGCCGAAAGCACCUGGGAUGUGCUGUGUACCAGGAUAUGAUCUAUGCAGUAGGUGGAAGAGAUGACACCACAGAGCUAAGCAGUGCUGAACGGUACAAUCCCAGGACCAAUCAGUGGUCACCAGUGGUUGCCAUGACUUCCCGACGAAGUGGGGUUGGUCUUGCUGUGGUCAAUGGACAGUUGAUGGCUGUAGGCGGAUUUGAUGGAACAACGUACUUGAAAACUAUAGAAGUGUUUGACCCAGAUGCUAAUACUUGGAGAUUAUAUGGCGGCAUGAACUACCGACGGUUGGGUGGUGGUGUUGGCGUUAUCAAGAUGACACACUGUGAAUCACACAUCUGGUAG